CGCUGGCAACUGCAAAUCAUCCACUGCCAGCUGUCCCGUCUUCAACAUCAUCUACCCUUCUCUGCCUUUGAUGGCAUCGCGUCGACCAAUAUUGCGGACAGAAGCCCUCGAAACCCUGUGGAUUUGAUUGGAACUUAUGGAGGAAAUUCGGGCGUCCCACGAAUCGCCAUGUCGUCCAACGAGGUGAAACGCCGCGCGGUGCCCAAGUUCACCUCAUUCGCACCAGCCACACCAGCCCCCACGGCAGACUCCGAAAAACGAUCAUCGACACUCCGAGGCUCAUCACGAGAUCGGGAGAAGAAGGAGGACCGUGAAAGACGACAUCGCCGGAGGGAUUAUGACCGGAACCGUCACAAGGACGACAGUGAUAGCGAGAGGGAGAGGGAGAGGGAGAGAGAAAGAGGGAGGGACAGAGACAGGCAUCAGGCCAGGCAGCAUGACAGACAUCACAGUCGACACCAUGAUCGAGAUCGCCAUCACCGCAGACGGUCAGCCAGCCCUGCCUCACAGUUCAAAGAAGCCCAUCAUUCGCUCCACAAGCCAUCAUCUACCAGCCAGAAUACCGAUCUGUUCUACUUUGACAAAAGGGAGGACGCCUUGAUUUUCCGUUAUGGCGGAAAUGAGCGCUCAAAAAUACCAUCUUACCGCCGCUUUGGUGCUGGAAAAUUCAUCGGCUCCCCAGGCUAUCUCUCCGUUUCUUUCCAAGGUUCGAAGGAAGUCUUCACCAUCCGAGGCCCGGGCGAGGGUAGGGGCAACGGUUCGGUCUUCGGAGACAAGACUUUGAUGGCUUGGGCCAGAGCCAAGGGAGCGAAAGCAAAGCACAUCAAGCCUGGUGUGGGUGGUGAAAAUGGAGAAUCAGCAGCAGAGGAUGGCGACUUCAUAUCUCUCGAGCCGCCCAGAAAACGGCAACGUGCCGAUAGAUCACCAGCGCCUGAGGACGGUGACAAGACACCAGAUUACAGGUCCAUCUAUGGCAAAGCCAAGUCAGAGGAUGAGGACUCGGAUGGUGAUGAGACAUUGUCCGAUUCAGAGAGCGAAAACAAGGUGGGCAGUCAUCUUUCGGACAUGUCAACCGCCAAGAAGAGAUCUCUUGAACUCCAUCGCCAGGUCAAAAAUAGCCCUCAGGACACCAAAGCUUGGCUCGAGUUGAUUGGGUUGCAAGACACCCUCUUCAUGGAGCAUCAACUUGAGGGCCAGGUCAUAAUUGGGGAUCAGGUAAAAGCUCUGGCCGAACUCAAGUUGUCUCUCUAUGAAGAGGCCCUUCCCCAUGCACUUGACAUCUCUCUGAAGGAGACCUUGUUGAACGGAAUGAUGCGCGAGGGCGAAAAGGUGUGGGAUCCCAAGCAGCUCGCGAAGCGCUGGGAAGAGACCACCAAGAGCAACCCCGACAGCUUCCUGUUAUGGGUUUCACGACUAAACUAUGAGCUUUCGCAGGUGGCAACUUUCACAUAUGAUGAACUGAAGACCUUCAUGGUGACCAAGCUGCAAUUCCUCAACCGCACAUUAGCAACUGCAUCUUCGGAAAAGAUUGUUGUCAUGCUCUGCAGCCAGCUGAUUUACGUGUUCGUCAGAUUAACGUGCUACCUUCGGGACUCUGGCUACAUUGAGCUGGCUGUGGCUGCAUGGCAAGCAACUCUAGAACUGAACUUCUGCCGGCCCAGGAACGCUUUGAACUUCCAAUCAGUCAUUGAGGACUUUUCUGACUUCUGGGAAAGCGAAGUACCACGAAUAGGUGAGGGCAAUGCCAAAGGUUGGCGUCACUUUGUUGAAGACGUGGGCGCUAUGACCGACCCACCAGAAGCAAUACCAAGGGAGCCAUCAGGGCCUCCUCAGACGAGGGAUCCAUUUGAGGCAUGGGCGUCGCUGGAACGACGAGAGGCGGCAAAGGCACGAAUGCCGGCUCGUACCCUGGACGAAGGAACAGAUGAUGACCCAUUCCGAAUCGUCAUGUUCUCGGAUAUCAAGGAUUUGGUGUUGUGGAUCCCAUCCCAAAUGCUCCCGCAGGUACAGCUUCAGCUAGUUGAUGCCCUUUUGACCUUCUGUCGACUUCCAAAUACCGCGAAAUUUUCUGCGCUGAAAGAUCCCUUCAUUGCGCCUCGUGGACAAGCCUUUCAAGCUUUGCUGGAUCAACUAGGCCGCCACGAUGUCUUGAAUUCGGCGGAGAUAGAGCGAAAGCCACCAUUAUUUGGGCAACAAGGUGGAAACAUGGCUCUCUCACAAGAACUCCUUUUUUCCGGGCAGGACUGGUUUCAGUAUCUCGGCCAAUGGUCUAGUCUCAGCACAGAUGCAGAUGGUGAUGUUAGGCCUCCCUGGGUACUCGAGACACUCCAUUAUCUGGUCCUUACUUGUGGUAUUGAACAACUGGCUGAGUACUAUCUGGCAUUGGCAUGGCGUAGUGAACCUUUGGGGGCUAAGAAGGUCGCCAAGGGGCUGCUGAAACGAUACUCAUCCAACACGAGACUAUAUAAUGCCUACGCCAUGAUUGAAUUUGCAAACGGGAACAUUGGCAUUGCCGAAAAGGUACUACUCUCGGCAACAAGCCAAAGUUCCCCCGACAGCCAGCUAUUAUGGAACACCUGGGUAUGGAUGCACCUAAACGCAGGAAACAUGCAACUCGCUUUGCUUCGGCUGUUGUCUUCUGUGGAAAUUACUCUAGACGUGGAGAAGGGCUUGCCUGUAUCGCCAGCUCUGCUCCUAAAAGCAAGAGCUCACUUUUCUACCAAGCGAGACUACUCCCUCUCUUCUCACCAAACAGAACCGGCACUCCAAUAUGCCGAAAGCCUUGCUCUUCUCGACUACCUCUCAAGAACCGAGAACGGCAGCGGCAGCACAAAGUACUCAAACCAAGGCAACAUCACCUCCGCUCUCGCAAACAUACAAUCUUUCACUACCGAGCUGAGCUCCCUAGGUCACCAAACCCUCCACGAACGACUCCUCCAAAUCGGCGCUCGCCUUCUCUACCACCACGCAAACCACGGCCCUUACAAGCCUUCCACCUUACGCCAAUAUCUUCACGAAUUCCUCCGUCUCUUCCCCCACAACACGCUCUUCCUCUCCCUCCUCGCCUGGGCAGAGCAAUCUACUCUCCGGAUCAACGACCCCGUCCGCUCCAUUGUGCGCGAAAGCUUGUCUUCAACCAGAGACAAGGACACCAGCAGCCCAGAAGGUAGUCACACAGCAGUACCAAUCCCCACCUACCGUUUCGCAAUCGAAUACGAGCUCCUCUCUGGCGCCGGCCUGAGGCCCGUCGGCGCCGCAACAAUCCAUUCCACCAAGGCUGCUUUCGAAGCCGCCGUUUCGGAUCCCUCUGCAUGCAGAUAUAACGGGGACAUAUGGAUCGGUUACAUUCGAUUUCUGACGCAGGUGUAUUUUCAUGAACUUUCUUUAUCCUCCGGAUCCUCUGCCACGGCGGGGACCCGGGAGCGUGGUAUAAAGAAGGCGGAUGCGCAGGCGGCGAGCACCCUUAAGGCUCUCAAGGAUGUGUUUUACAGAGCCGUUGCCGCCUGUCCGUGGAGCAAGAAGCUUUAUAUGGCGGCGUUCCCUGCUGGUUCUACUGCAGAGCCUGGAGAGCCUGGUGUGGGCGGGGGCAACGCAUUGGUGAAAGCCUUGAGCAGUGGGGAGUUGAGGGCGGUGUUUGGGACGAUGGUUGCGAAGGGAUUGAGAGUGCAUGUUGAUUUUGAGGGGCUUGAGAGGAAGUGGAGGGAAAGGGAAGAAGACGAAAAGAGGGUGGGGAGGGAGAAGGAAAAGGUUGAGAAGGAGGAGAAGGAGGAAUCAGAGAGGAGAGCGAGGUUGGAACGGGAGAGACGAUGGGAUUUGGAAGAUUCGCUUCAUAACAAUCGCCAUAUGGGCUCGGAUAGGGGUGAAAGGGGAAGGGGACAAUAAGAAAAGUACAAUCAUCGUGAGAGGAGUGAAGAGUGGGAUAGACGGAGGGAGGGAGGGAGAUGAUUGCUGAUUCUACUGGAGCAAAGUAGAGGUAGCAAUGGCGGCCGUAGCAGGCACCGCAGUAGACAUAACGGGAAUCUGUCAACUUGGUAUGAUUGCUGACUUGGCCGCAUGUGCCUCAUUUGGACCAAUUAUAACAAGCGUCAGUAGUGAGGUAUCUUGAGGAAGAAAAUAAUCCAUAGUCUGAAUAUGUGUGGGAGGAAGAUAGGUAACUGCAG